AUGUCCGUCUUUAAUGGCGCCGAUGGAUCCCAGCAUAUCUCGAAUGGCACUGAGAACAUCCGACUUCCAGUUCCACUGGCAGGGCCGGAUUCAUGGAAUCCCAACAUAUGCUGGUCCGACCGCACCCGCCAGUGUUUCGUCACGAACAAUGUCGAGAAGCGGAUCUUGGAUCACCUGAUCACGAUCCCGCAGCCACCCCAGGACAUCAUCGAUCGUGCCGUGAACGACCCGCCGUUGAGCUUCGACGACGACGCGGAGGUUGAUUCGCCCGGGCACGACCGGGUGGGAUUGCGGGUGCUGCGCACUCCCUCGAAGGAUGAUCAGGACGACGACUUGGACGGCGUUUCGUCGAAGCGGUCCUUGUCGCCUGCACCGUCGCGCUGCAGCGACCUGUCGAAGACGUGCAACGAAGAUCCGCCCGAGGUCUGCAUUAUCGGCGAUGAGACCGGGGUCUUUGCUCACCACGUGGGAUCCAACGAGAGCAUGUGGUUGCACAUCGGCCAUGACAGGGUGCCGAGUGACUAUCAGGUCCGCAAGCACUCCGGCAACGGCCAAGAGUACAUCCGCGACACGGUGGACGGCACCGUCACCUGGGCUUCUCUGCAAAGCUAG